AUGGCGGCGUCAUUCGGACGGCGAUACAUCGAGCUUGCCUUGGGCCUUCCCGUGUCUGACUGGAGUGGCCUUGGGAAUUUGGCUCAGGCGGACCUUGGGGAGGACUUAAGGUGCUCCAUGGCUUGGACCUAUACGUUGGCUAUGCGGUUUGUCGACUCGUCUAACAACCUCUCUUUGUCUGCUGCUGAGAGGAACUGCCUUACAGCUCGGGUGCUGGAGCUUGAGGGAGAGCUUAACGAAACCAAUGCUAAAUUGUCAGAGGUCCAGGCAAAACUUUCCAACUUGUCAUCGAAGAGGAAGGAAAUAAGGGCUAAGACCAAGAGACUAGAAGGCAAGGUUACUUGCUUGGAGCGUGAGCUCCGGGAGGCCAAGGACACUGCGGCCGCCUCGCAGCAGAGGGUUACCCUGUUGGAGGCCGAAGUCGAGGUCCUCAGGGCUGACCUCCAGUCAGCGCAGGAGAGGUGUGCUUCCUUGGAGGCAGAGAAGGCCAAGAUUGACACAAGGACAUCUAACUUCGACGCCACCAAGGCCGAGAUCCAUCGCCUGAAGGAGAAGAAGAAAUGCAUGCUCGAGGAAUUCAAGGCCAAGAAGGAGUGGGCCACCGACCGGGCCAUGUAUAGGAUUAGGUCGCUGAACCCUAAUAUGGACACCUCAUUCCUUUUGGAUAAGGAGGAGGAGUUCCUAACCAAGUUGAAGGCUCAGUUGGCCAAGGAGGAGGUAACUUGUACUACCUUGAAUGGUUUCGAUGAAGAGGAGAAUGGUGAAGAAGCUAAAUCUGCUUCUGCUAGCCAGAAAUGA